AUGGAGUCAGCCGAGGUUCGACAGCGCAAGCCACCGACCGCCAAGGGUACCGGGGAGCUUCAGAAGCCCUCAACAAAUCCACCCUCUGAACCUCGUCUCAAACAUGGAAUUCCCAUGCAAAUACUGCGUUCGCUGCUGUUAAUAACAUGGGCGGAUUGUUGUAUAAUCGCAAUCUGCGCAACACAGCUGAUCGGUGCCCCACUGUAUCUCAUCCACAGACGUUACUAUUAUGCGUACAUGGCAUAUACAAAACAAUGUUUUGCACUGGUCCUCUCAGCUGUCACCCAAUGGGGCUCCCCGACACUUUUCCGGGUCAGUGGUGAUGCUAGCGUGCGUGGACAAAUCCAUCUAUCGAAAGAUGGAUUGCUGGAGACGAGGUUCCCAGAGCGUCUCGUCAUGAUCUCAAACCACCAGGUCUACACGGAUUGGAUCUAUCUGUGGUGGGUUGCAUAUACCAACCAAAUGCAUGGCCGUAUCUUUAUCAUCUUAAAAGAGUCGCUCAAGUAUAUUCCCAUCGUGGGCACUGGCAUGAUGUUCUACGGAUUUAUCUUCAUGGCUCGCAAGUGGGCAUCUGACAAACCAAGGCUGCAGCAUCGCUUAGAGAAGCUGAAGACAAGCUACACUGGCUCAAAUUCUGCUCGCCCGCACUACGAUCCUAUGUGGCUCCUUAUUUUCCCCGAGGGUACAAAUUUGUCGCUCAACACCAAGAGACGCAGCGAUGUUUGGGGAAAGAAACAGGGACUUCCCUCGUUUGAACACAUGAUUCUCCCACGGUCUACAGGACUAUUUUUCUGUCUUCAGCAGCUGCGAGGAACCGUAGACUGGGUGUAUGACUGCACCAUAGCCUAUGAAGGACCACCAAAGGGAAGCUAUCCUGAUAAAUACUUCACACUUCGCUCCACAUAUCUGCAAGGACGACCGCCAACUUCAGUGAACAUGCAUUGGAGACGUUUCCAGAUCUCAAAGAUUCCCCUUGAUGAUCAGAAGGAGUUUGAGGUCUGGUUAACAGCACGCUGGGCCGAAAAGGAUGAACUCAUGGAUCAAUACUUCGAAACUGGCCGCUUCCCAUCGGAGUUGGCCGGUUCGAUCAAGGUUGGCCAUGCCGUAGAUGGUCAGCAGGCUGCUGCUUCGGCCGGAUAUGUCGAGUCCUAUGCUCGCUUACAUCACUGGAGUGAGCUUGUUCUUAUCUUCGUGGUGCUGGUUAGUCUUGCUUGCUCCUGCAAAGUUGUAACAAGUUGGUUGCAAUGA